GUCAUGGAAGUCACUCAAGAAUGGUGGCAACAGGCAACUAACGUUCUGCCUGAAGAUAUUUUAGAUAUUAUGAAGACAGAUCCAAAGAUUGAUGAAUGGAGACAGUCUUUGAUAGAAGAACUGUUGGAGGACCGAUUAGUAACUGCGUUAAGAGAGGAGAGUGAAAGGCUUGCAGCUGUACAGGUGGCCGGAAUACUUGAGAAAGGCGGUCGUUGGGAUGUCGCUUUACAAAGAGAUAUUUUACAAAGAGUUCGUAGAGAAAUUAAAAAAAGUCUUGUUUUUCAACGUUUCCGAGAACAACUUAAAACCAGGUUGAACAGCACACAGGUGAAGGAAGAAUUGAAGCAACUUUGCACCUGUUGUUUGGUAGUGAAAGAGAAUUCCUCAAGUUUGAAAGACGUUGAAUAUGAUGCAGAGACUGCUAAUACUUCCAGUUGUAAAGAGGAGGCUGUGGGUUCGAACGCAAUUUUCACCUGGGGAGAAGAGGGAUUCUUGGAAAACAACACCAAAGCAGUUUUGAAACCAGAGACUUUUAGGGAACUAGGAAACAAUGAGAAUCACGUUGCUGAGAUGGAAAGCGAAGAGUAUAAACUGAAAGACUCUAGCUUUACGAAAGACAGUGACAAUGUUGCAGCACCGAAUUUUACGAAGGAGGAAUAUUUUAUUGAAAACAACUUUGGUGAAAAUGAAGAAAUUUGUAUAAAUACUGAAAAUUCAACUAAUAACCAGAGUCACUCUUUGGAAACUCAAGUACAAAGACCUGAUGGCAGCGAGAUAUCUAAUAGUCGGGAAAUGGAUAUGCUAAUGUGGAGUGUCCCGAAACAGUCCAAAGUCACACAUAAAACUCAGGACAUAAAAGAUAGAGAAUUGAAGAAUAUCGAGCUCAUUGAUCAAGGUGCAAUUGCACAAUCUUUGGGUAGCAAGAUGGCUGGUCGAAGGGUCAAGUUGUUGCGGAAGAAUCUCACCAACACAAGAUAAUAACAGAGCAAGGAGACGAAGAAUGGAU